AUGCCAGCAAAACAAGGAGUCGGAUGUAGAUUUACUUCAUCUUUUAUCUAUUCCAAAUCUAAAGAAUGUGCUUUAUUUUUUCAAACUGUCAAUGAAAAUGGAUGUUCCAUUCGUAUUUAUAAAGAAAACCAAUUGUCAGAAGAAUUUCAUGAGUUAGAUUUUAAUAGCGUGUGGAAAAAAAUAGACAUAUUAAAAGAGUGGUCAGGAGUAACUUUAUUUGGCUUAGAUAAUUCUAGUGUAAAAGAAAAACUAGAACAAGCAAGAAAGUUGUUAUGUUUUCAUAAUGAAUGGCACAAUUAUUCAAAAAUGAAGCAAUUAUUCAAAUAUCAUCUACGAAAAAGAACAUACAGCCAAGUUAAUUGGGAAAUUCGAGCAUGGCAUACAAUGUUAUGUGCUACCGGAUAUGUUAAUAUAACACCAUUUGAUAAAGAAAAAUCAGAG